AUGAAAAAUAUACUUACAAAACCUAUAUCUAGUCCAGGUAGAAUUAUAGAUGAUCAAUUCCAAAACAUGCUUUUAAGAAGCAAGAGCAAUAGAGGAAGUAGGUCACGUACUAAUCCUAUGUUUGUUGGCAAACCCAAUACAAACAAUAAUAAUGAAAUUAAUCAAGAACCAUCUUCUCCUAAAGUAACGUGCAUGGGUCAAGUACGCGUGAAGCGUUCAAUUAAAAGAAAACAGACAAAAAAAACCACCCCUGGGGCAAACUGGCUACAGAUACCCCGGGGGUGGUUACGAAAAAACAGUGUUUUGUUUUUUCGUUCUGCGGGGUGUUGUGGAAAAUCAAGAAACGUACAAGGAGGACAAAAUGAGAUGGAAAUUAAUGAAUGGCGAGUAAGAGAAAUUGAAGAUGUUAUUGGAAAUGGAAAUGAUGUUUUUGGAGAAACUGAAAGGGUUCCGAAAAAUGCGUUUUUGUUGACAAGGUCUAGAUCUGAACCGUUCAGAUGUUCGGCUUUCGCAAACAAAAUUUGGGAAUCAAAUAUUGAUGAUGAAACAGGAGAGAAAGUGGGGGUUAAAGAUGAAGUAAAUGAAGGUUUUAUAAUAAAUGGUGAUAUUAUUGGGAAAGAAAAUGGAGAAGAUAUUAUUGUUAAUAGAGUUGAAGAAGAAGAAGAAUUUAAAGAAAAGCCACUGAAUCUGAACAGAUGUAAGUCUGAACCAGCAAGAACAGGGGAUAAGCUUUUUAUGAGUUUCACUCCAUAA